AUGGUUGACUCUAAAGAUGUCAAAACAUAUAGUUGUUUGGAUGAUGUGCUGGGAUUAGUGAUUAAUAUCGAACUGGCAAUCUACAAUAAUCAAUCCAUUUUUGUACAUAGGUUGGAAGGCAAAGUGGCACUUAUUACAGGUGCUGCCAGUGGAAUAGGCAAGGAGACAGUAAGGCUAUUUGCUGAGAAUGGAGCCUACAUUGUGGCUGCUGAUGUACAAGAUGAACUAGGGCAGAAAGUAGCUGCAACCAUGGGUUCAGAAAAGGUUAGUUAUCAUCACUGCGACGUGAGGGAUGAAAUGCAGGUUGAAGCAACGGUUAAUUACACCUUGGACAAGUAUGGAAGCCUGGAUAUUCUGUUCAGCAAUGCAGGAACUAUAGGACCCUUAACUAGCAUCCUUGAUCUGGACCUCCAAGGCUUGGAUAACGCCAUGGCUACAAAUGUUCGUGGAGUUGCUGCCACUAUUAAGCAUGCCGCCCGGGCCAUGGUGGCCCGAAAGGUAAGAGGAUCCAUUAUAUGCACAGCCAGUGUGGCAGCAUGCCUGGGAGGAGCUGGUCCGCAUGCUUAUACUACUUCAAAACAUGCUCUGGUUGGUCUGGUAAGGACGGCCUGCCAUGAGCUGGGAGCUUAUGGUAUUAGAGUCAAUGCAAUAGCCCCAUUUGGCGUUGCCACUCCACUUUGUUGCAAGGCUUAUAAUCUUGAGCCAAGUCAAGUUGAAGAAAAUUGUUUAAACGCGGCUAAUUUGAAGGGCAUUGUUUUGAAGGCAAAGCAUAUCGCUGAGGCCGCAUUGUUUCUUGCCUCUGAUGAAUCUGCCUACAUUAGCGGCCAUAAUUUGGUCAUCGAUGGAGGGUUUACGGUGGUUAGCAAUGCUGCUCCUUGA